AUGAAUUUGAGAGGUUCCAUUGGCAUCAUCAUAAAGCUCUUAUGGCUGCUAUUAGUUCCCUUUGUAGCAGCAAAAACUCAUCRCCAUAAUUUCGUGGUGAAGUUAUCUCCAUUCACGAGGCUUUGUAGCUCCAAAAACAUCUUGACAGUCAAUGGGAAGUUUCCUGGGCCAACGUUGGAAGCCCACAGAGGAGAUAAAAUCAUCGUUCGUGUGUUGAAUAAGGCGAAAUACAACAUCACUUUUCAUUGGCAUGGGGUAAGACAAGUUAGAAAUCCAUGGUAUGAUGGUCCGGAAUACAUUACACAGUGCCCAAUUCAAGCAGGGAAGAGCUUCACUUACAAAAUUCAACUCACCACAGAAGAGGGAACCAUGUGGUGGCAUGCUCACAGCGGCUGGGCUCGGGCUACGGCCCAUGGGCCUCUCAUCGUUCACCCGGGCCCAUCACGGCCCUAUCCCUUUCCCAAACCUCAUGCACAAAUCCCCAUCAUUAUCGGUGAGUGGUGGAAGGGAGAUGUAAUGGAAAUACCAAGGAAAGCAAACAGAACAGGUGGAGAGCCAAUGCUUUCAGAUGCCUACACCAUCAAUGGACAGCCAGGAUAUCUUUAUCCUUGUUCCAAACAAGAAACAUUUGAGUUCACAAUGGAGCAAGGAAAAACCUAUCUUCUCCGUAUUGUGAACGCGGUUAUGGACGAAGAUCUGUUCUUUGGAAUCGCAAAGCAUGAGAUGACAUUGGUCGCGAAAGACGGUAUCUACACAAAACAAAUCAAAACUCAUUACAUAAUGAUCACACCAGGUCAAUCCAUGGACCUUUUGGUCACUGCAGACCAGUCCCCAGGCCUCUAUUUCAUGGCUGCAAGAUCCUACUCCAGCGCUCUUGGAGCUGGCUUUGACAACACCACAGCCACGGCCAUUCUAAACUACUCAAAACCCAAUCAUCUCAACCAUUUCUUCCCAAAUUUGCCCCCAUAUGAUGCAACCAAAGCAGCGACGGAUUUCACCAAACGCCUGCGAAGCUUGACGAUCGAUGACCGUCGAGCUGACGUUCCUUUAAACAUCGACACUCGUCUGUUCUUCACGUUGUCUGUCAAUCUAAUGAGUUGCAAUGCUUCUGAUCAUAGGGCUUGUGCUGGGCCAUUUGGGAAGAGGUUUGCUGCAAGCAUCAACAAUGUGAGCUUUGUGACCCCAUCUGUUGCUAUGCUUGAAGCUUACUACAAUGAUGUCCAUGGCGUGUUUACGACAAAUUUUCCGAGGAAACCACCGAGAAAAUUUGACUACACGGGCAAGAAUCUGUCGGAAAAUUUGUUGGCUACUUCUUUUGGGACUAGGGUAAUUGUUUUGGAGUACAAUGCUAGUGUGGAGCUCAUCUUGCAGGGCACCAAUGUGCUUGCCAGUGAUAACCAUCCUGUUCAUUUGCAUGGCUAUAGCUUUUAUGUUGUUGGAUGGGGGUUUGGAAAUUUCAAUCCGAAAACUGACCCGAAACGAUAUAAUCUCGUCAACCCGYCAGAGGAGACCACGGUUGGAGUUCCCAAGAAUGGCUGGGUUGCUAUCAGGUUCAAGGCAAACAAUCCAGGCAUGUGGUUGAUGCACUGCCAUAUUGAGCGUCACCAAGUAUGGGGGAUGAGCAUGGUGUUGUUAGUGAAAAAUGGGCUUGCUCCUCACCAACAAAUUCUUCACCCUCCACAUGAUUUGCCUUCAUGUUUUAAAUAGUCACCAAAUCUUUACAUUUAGAUCUUAUUCAAUAGACAUAGA